AUGGCGGGGACUCUGCUGGGACUGGAGGUUGCCUUCUAUCUCUAUCCCUGCGGCCUCUUUGUCACUCUACUCGCGGCCCAGUCCUACCAAUUCUACCGAGAUCGCCAUGGCGUCACGCGUCAGACCGCGACCGACGAUGAGCAGAAGAAAGCUUCGCGAUUGUACGCCCGGAUAAUCCGGAGCUUUCAGUCCAUUCUGUCUCUCUUAUUCCUUGCUACCAUCAUCAUUGCCGUUCACGGCGCGAUUGCUGGCCAAUACGAUGGGGCUGGCAAGGUCGUCUUCCCGUUCAGCGCUUACUUGGCAUCAUACGUCGCCGUCUUGCUGUACUACCUAGCCGGUCUACUUCCUGACCCUGAAGGCCCUUGGACGCCAACAUCGGCGCAUUUUUAUGCAUGGAUCGUGGGUGCGCUCUUUGAAGCCUUCAUCGCAGCUGUCUUUUCUUCCGAGAAGAACUCUUUCCGCGUUCACAAUGGCCUCCUCGAUGUCCUGGAUAUCGUGGCGGCUGUCAGAAUCGUUGUGUUGGUGGCUAUGAUGGUCUGCCUCAUCCUGAGGGACUACAAGCUAAAGCCCCUGCAACCCAAGUCGGACCCCGAGGAAAGACAGUCCCUUCUUGGAAAUGGAAGUGGGAAUGGAAAUGGAGCAUCUCACAACUACGGCGGCGCCCAUCCCCGCGGGCCUACUGCUCACAAGCCUCCUGCCAGAACUCAGGUCUCUGGCACGGGGUGGCUUGACUACUUUGCUGGCUUCCGGGUCCUGUUCCCGUACCUCUGGCCCAAAGACUCUCCUAUCUACCAGGGAAUUGUGGUCAUUUGCAUCAUACUUCUAGUUGGUCAGCGAACUAUCAAUGUCUUGGCGCCAAUUCAGCUCGGAACUCUCGUCGACUCGCUCGGCUAUGGCACUAUUCCUUACAAACAAAUCAUCCUCUACGUCGUCUACCGUGCUCUUCAAGGCAAUCAGGGCAUUCUGGGCGCCGCGAGAUCAGUUCUUUGGAUCCCGGUAUCUCAGUCACUGUUUCGCAGACUCUCAUGUGCUGCGUUUGAACAUGUGCUGGGACUUUCCCUGGAAUUCCAUUUAAACAAGAAGAUUGGAGAGGUCACCAGUGCGCUUAGCCGAGGGUCCGCCAUGAACACGUUUCUGGAGAAUUUCUGUUUCCAGGUUUUCCCAAUGGUGUUCGACAUCUUUGUCGCUGGCGUCGUCUUCUUUGCCAAGUAUGACGCCUUCUACACCAUCAUCGUCUUCUUCAUUAUGUGGUCGUAUAUCUUCCUGACCAUCUAUGUGGCCAAAUAUCGUGGCAAGCAAAGAAGGGAUAUGGCAACCAAGAACCGCGAGAUGGAAGCCACCAAGACUGACGCCAUCAUGGCUUAUGAGACGGUGCAGCACAAUUGCGCAGUCGUGCCCGAAACUGAGAGGUUCAAGGAGCAUGUGGUCGUAUACCAAAGGGCGGAACGACUGGUGCAGUGGUCCCUCAACUUCCUUAAUCUCACACAGAGCUCAAUCUUCUCCCUUGGCACCGCUUUGCUUGUUGCAGUCUCUGCCUACAAGAUUUCCAAGGGCGAGCAGAGUGUCGGCGAUUUCGUCAGUUUGAUCAACUACUUUGUGCAAUUGCAAGGCCCCCUCAACUUUUUCGGGACUUACUAUACCAUGCUGCAAAACAAUCUCAUUGAGGCAGAGCGAAUGCUUGAGCUGUUCAAAGAAACAUCUGGCAUCGUGGAGAAGCCAGAUGCCGUCACGCUACCUCCCGUCAAGGGCGAGGUUGCCUUCAAUAAAGUCAAAUUCUCUUAUCAGAGCAAGAAGGGCGAGCCCGCGAUCGACGGCGUCAGCUUCACUGUUGCGCCGGGCACCAAAACCGCCAUUGUCGGAGAAUCUGGUAGUGGCAAGUCAACCUGCCUGAAGCUUCUCUUCCGCUUCUACGACAUCAAUGAAGGGUCAAUCACUGUCGACGGUCACGACUUGAAAGAUCUGAAGCUUGACAGCCUGCGGAAGAAUAUUGGUGUUGUGCCGCAGGACACGGUGCUCUUCAACGCGACCAUCAUGUACAAUUUACUCUACGCCGACCGAAAUGCUUCGCAGGCCGACGUGUACGAGGCUUGCAAGGCCGCCAACAUUCACGAUCGCAUUCUCGCAUUCCCAGACGGGUACGAUACAAAGGUUGGAGAACGUGGCCUCAAGUUAUCCGGAGGUGAGCGGCAGAGGAUUGCUAUCGCGAGAGCGAUUCUCAAGGAUGCCCGCAUCUUGCUGCUCGACGAGGCCACUGCAUCUUUGGAUUCGCACACUGAGAGGCAGAUUCAAGACGCUCUCGAGCGUGUCACUGCGGGACGCACGACGAUCACCAUUGCCCAUCGGCUUUCCACCAUCACUACAUCUGACCAGAUUGUGGUGCUUCAUAAGGGAAUUGUCGUUGAGCGUGGUACGCACGCCGAGUUGUUGGCGCUCGGAGGCCGGUAUCAUGCCAUGUGGGAGAAACAGACCACUAUUGAGAAAAAGAAUACGGAAAAGGUGGAGAAAGAAGGGGAGUCUUCGGAGACUGGAUCCCAGCAGUAG